CGGGACGAGCUGCGGAGCCUGGCUUGGGGACGAGCGGCCGCGGCACGGGGCAUGAAGUUGGGUGCGCGCGGGUCUCGGAGCGGAGGCGCGGCACGGCCGGGAGCCGCCCUCGUCUAGAGCCCGCUCGGUGCGCCAUGGAGAUCGGGGGCCCCGGGGCGACGCCGCCGCUGCUGCUACUGCCGCUACUGCUGCUCUUGGGGACCGGCCUCUUGCCUGCUAGCAGCCACAUAGAGACCCGGGCCCAUGCGGAGGAGCGGCUCCUGAAGAGACUCUUCUCUGGCUACAACAAGUGGUCUCGGCCAGUAGCCAAUAUCUCAGACGUGGUCCUGGUCCGCUUUGGCUUGUCCAUUGCUCAGCUCAUCGAUGUGGACGAGAAGAACCAGAUGAUGACGACCAACGUGUGGGUGAAGCAGGAGUGGCAUGACUACAAGCUGCGCUGGGACCCUGGUGACUACGAGAAUGUCACCUCCAUCCGCAUCCCCUCAGAACUCAUCUGGAGGCCUGACAUUGUUCUCUACAACAAUGCGGAUGGGGACUUUGCAGUCACCCACCUGACCAAAGCCCACCUGUUCUAUGAUGGGCGGGUGCAGUGGACACCCCCAGCCAUUUAUAAGAGCUCCUGCAGCAUCGACGUCACCUUCUUCCCCUUCGACCAGCAGAACUGUACCAUGAAGUUUGGAUCCUGGACCUAUGACAAGGCCAAGAUUGACUUGGUGAGCAUGCAUAGCCGUGUGGACCAACUGGACUUCUGGGAAAGUGGGGAGUGGGUCAUUGUGGAUGCCGUGGGCACCUACAACACCAGGAAGUACGAAUGCUGUGCCGAGAUCUAUCCUGACAUCACCUACGCCUUCAUCAUUCGUCGGCUGCCUCUGUUCUACACCAUCAACCUCAUCAUCCCGUGCCUGCUCAUCUCCUGUCUCACCGUGCUGGUCUUCUAUCUGCCCUCGGAGUGCGGUGAGAAGGUCACACUGUGCAUCUCGGUGCUGCUCUCUCUCACCGUCUUCCUCCUGCUCAUCACGGAGAUCAUCCCGUCCACCUCGCUGGUCAUCCCGCUCAUCGGCGAGUACCUGCUCUUCACCAUGAUCUUCGUUACCCUCUCCAUCGUCAUCACGGUCUUCGUGCUCAAUGUACACCACCGCUCACCGCGCACACACACCAUGCCCGCCUGGGUGCGCAGAGUCUUCCUGGACAUCGUGCCACGCCUCCUCUUCAUGAAGCGCCCAUCUGUGGUCAAAGACAACUGCCGGAGACUUAUCGAGUCCAUGCACAAGAUGGCCAAUGCCCCUCGUUUCUGGCCAGAGCCUGAGGGCCAGCCUGGUAUCUUGAGUGACAUCUGCAACCAAGGCCUCUCACCUGCCCCAACUUUCUGCAACCCCAUGGACACAGCAGUCGAGACCCAGACUACAUGCAGGUCACCGUCCCACAAGGUCCCUGACUUGAAGACAUCAGAGGUUGAGAAGGCCAGUCCCUGUCCGUCCCCUGGCUCCUGUCACCCACCCAAUAGCAGUGGGGCCCCAGUGCUCAUCAAAGCCAGGUCCCUGAGCGUCCAGCACGUGUCCAGCCCCCAAGAAGCAGCAGAGGGCGGCAUCCGCUGCCGGUCUCGGAGUAUCCAGUACUGUGUUUCCCAAGAUGGAGCUGCCUCCCUGGCUGACAGCAAGCCCACCGGCUCCCCAGUCUCCCUGAAGGCCCGUCCAUCCCAGCUUCCAGUGUCAGACCAGGCCUCUCCAUGCAAAUGCACAUGCAAGGAACCAUCUCCUGUGUCCCCCAUCACUGUGCUCAAGGCUGGAGGCACCAAAGCACCUCCACAACACCUGCCCCUGUCGCCAGCCCUGACGCGGGCAGUAGAAGGCGUCCAGUACAUUGCAGAUCACCUCAAGGCAGAAGACACAGACUUCUCGGUGAAGGAGGACUGGAAAUACGUAGCCAUGGUCAUUGACCGAAUCUUCCUCUGGAUGUUCAUCAUCGUCUGCCUUCUGGGCACUGUGGGACUCUUCCUGCCUCCCUGGCUGGCUGGUAUGAUCUAGGGACAUAGCAGCUCCCAGCUCCCAGGUCUCUGUAAGGCCAUGCGACUCAGUCACCCACAUCUUCCAAACCGGCCAUGAGACACCUAGGAGAGAGACACUGCUUCUUGGGAGCUGGAAGUUGGCCCUGGUUCUAGUCAGGCCAUGGGCCUGGUUGGAGCGAGUUGAGGGCUGUUACAGUUGCAGGCUGAGUCCCCAUUAAAGUUUUUCCAGAGCAAGUGACAGUCACCCCCUGGCUUACAGACAGUACACACCCAUCUGUGUCACAGAGAAUGAUCCAGUGUUGAUCUCAGUUGUCCUAAGUGGCCUCAAAAAUUCAUCCUUUUUCAGGAACCAGAGCCCCUCAUGCUGUGGGAUUCAUAAGAUCCAGGAAAUUCUCACUGUGCCUCUGCUGGCCACACCCUCUCCCUCCCCAAUGAUGUGGUCCCUUCAACCCUCCAGGCUGGGCUGCUCUCUGACUCAAAGGUGUCAGAGGUGAGCUAGUGUACAGCAUGAACUUCAAGUCUUCUGUGGCAGUGUGGACUACUAGAGUCUGAAUUCAAAGACCCCACACAUGCAGCCUUAGAUAUGGGUUCUACAGAUGCCCAGUCCACCCCGUAUGAGGUAGCCUGGGUAGGUUUUUAUUUUGUUUAGUUUGGGGUGAAUUGGUAAGAAAGAGAGCAGUGAGCUAUGUGGGUGGGUCCCACUCACAGGACAAUGAGUACAGGUCUUCACAGGAAGACUGAAGCACCACAGGAAUCCUGCUUUCACCUCAGGGUCACAGGGCUCUAUGGUGAGCAUUUCCUAGGGUCCAGAAACCCCAGGAGGGCAAGGGCACUGGGAGUCUUGGGUUGUGAUGGAGCUAAAUCAUGUCCAGGGCCUGGGCUGUACAUCCCCUCACAGAUCUUCCUUGAUAUCCCUGGAUGUUUCUGCCUCUCUGGGAUUAGAAGACUGAAGGUAAGACUUCUCAUCACAGCCCUAUGGUGAGGCCACAGGUCCCCUGAGCAUGUCCUUCUAGACCAGCAGGAGUGAUGGGAAACCUCUUCAAUGUUGUGGAAUAGGUUGAGCUGUCUAGAAACUUCUAAGCAAAACAGGCCCCCUGACUCAUUGUUUGAGGGCCAUCGACCAAGGGUUAGGGGUGCCUCAUCCAGGCUACCUUGCACUUAGGUUGUAGGGAAGACCUGAAGGGCCCCUCUUCCCCUUCCCAAGAUGGCAAUAGGUAACCUGGAGAAUCCACAGUGGUGGGAUGGGAAAAAGAACAUUCUGUGCCCACCUCUAUGAGAUUCCACUGGGUGAAGGGCAGAACAUGGGAGACACCAAAGAAAUCAUCCUGUGUCAUGGUCCCAGUUGCCUCUCUGCUGUUCCCACAUGCCAGGUGGGUUUCGCAGAGCUGGGCCCUGAACCUUCAGCCAAGUUGUCUUAGGCCCUGAAGCUGAGGUCCCUGUUAGGAUAGUCCUGGGGACUGCAGAAAUGAAAGGAAAACUUAACACACCAAGCCUCCAGUAGGCACAGCUACCACCUCCAUGGUAUGACUUGCCCAUCCCAGCUGGAUGAGGAUGUCAGGAAAGUAUGCCAAAAGGCCAGCAUUGUCUUUACCUGACUAUCUGCAGGCAAAUCCACCUUUAAACACAGAGCCACUGGGCACCUGGGGUGCUGGUGGGAAAGGAACCCCAUGCUGGAAGCCCCAGGACAUUCCUGUGUACAGGAAGGGGAUGCAGAGGUCUGGGCUCUGAACCCCGGAUGUUCCAGGUCUUCCCUAGAGACCUGAGGGCAUCGAGGAUUCCCAUCUGCCACAUCUCAGUCUGCCCUUCACUGACGGACUAGGUCACUCUCUCCUAUACUGAAACUCUCAGGAUGAUGCAAGAUAACCCUGGCGGGGAAAUUUGUGCCAGAACCUGGGAGCCAAGGGGAACACAAGCCCCAGUGAUGAAGGCAGCAGGUAACACCCGACAGAUGCAUGUUCUACCAUCAUGGUGCAUACGUGGCUCCAACAGCAAGAAAUGCAGACAACAGUAGAAAUCAGGGCAAGUCCACAGUGACACGGAGCAGGACUGCUGUGCUGUUCUCUUCAGGGUCAGGAAAACUGAAUGGCUGGGAUGUUCCUGACAGGAUAUCCCCUCCCCCCCAACACCCAGAAGCCAGAAAAGGAAAAUAAAGCACCGUAUUCUCCCCGUUCCCACUCAGCCGGCCUUUUGUCUGCCUGCUCCAGUGUUGAUAUAUGUUCAAGAUGAAGUUCAGUUAGGGCAGAAUGCUUGAUCUGAGGCCUUUGAACCUGUGAGCUUUAAAGAACAGAGACUGUGUGGCCCCAGCCCCUCUGAUAUGUAGACGUUAUCUCCCCAAAGCUCCCAGCCCUCCCACCCUACCCCAUCCCAUUGGACAGCAUCAACUCAAAUGUGAGUCUUGGAGAGCAGUCCAGCUAGCCAUCCCAUGUCUGGGAUCCCAGCUCGGACUCUGCGAUGUCGGGCUUCUUUCGCUUGUGUGGCCAAGGCUCAUCUGCAGUGUUAUGUCCAAUAGACUCAUUGCUGUUGUGUGCUUGUUGGUUCUUAGUUGUUGUUUCUGUCUGAAUAAACUGAGUUGUGGUGUCUCCCCA